AUGCGGAAGACCAACGUUCCUCCAAUCACAGUACCUGCCAAGCUCACAGGAUCAGAUAGUAGUUCAAUGCAAAGAAGAGGCUGCGAAAGCUUUCGAGCGCUGGCUAAAGACACCGAGGUUCAUCCAGCCUGCUUCGUGACGCCCGAAAGCGCGAGAGAGUUCACAGUCAAGAGCGGCGGUCAUAUGGCGUUCGCAGGUGGAUCGAAUAUCGAAGACGGUGUCACCGUCGACCUCGCACGCAUCAAUCAGGUGACUGUGUCAGAUGACCGUCAGACAGUGUCCAUUGGACCUGGAAACCGCUGGUACAACGUCUCACAAGUGCUCGAUCCACUAGGUCUCGCCGUCGUCGGGGGCAGGGUCAAUGAUGUUGGUGUCAGCGGGCUCAUCCUAAGAGGCGGCAUCUCUUUCUUCUCAGGCGAGUAUGGAUGGGCUUGUGACAACGUGCGCAACUUCGAAGUCGUUUUGGCGUCUGGCGAAAUUGCACUUCGUGGGGGUGGAGGCUCCAACUUUGGCGUCGUGACCCGGUUCGACCUCGUCGCUUUUGAGCAGGGAGAUGUGUGGCUUUACAACCCCAUCUACACUCUAGCUUCCAGUUCAGAUCUCGUGCCGGCAUUCGUCGACCUGGUUGUUGAUGGUCUACCAUCAGACCACGAUGCACACACGUUCUUCGUGAUUACGAACUUUCCAGGCUAUGGCGACAUCAUUGCGAACUACAUGUAUCACGCUAAACCUCCCAUGGUUGCAGAAGAUGUGCCACCCGUCUUCGUUGACGCGAUAGCCGUUCCCGGGGCUGUUUCAACAACGACACUGGUGGCCAACAUUUCUACUCAUACGAUCAACCUUUCAGAACCCUAUGGUAUGCGCAAGUCGUGGUCAGGUACUUCUGUCUACCUCAAAGAGGGCUCAGCCCAGCUCCUCCAGGACAUUAUUCAGUUGUGGCAGGCUCAUGCCCAGGAUGUUAUGGCUGCCGCCGGCAAAACAAACACAACAUUGUCACCUCUGCUCGUGUAUCAGCCGAUCUCAACCAACAUCAUCGAGGCGAUGCAGAAGAAUGGCGGCAAUGCCCUCGGGCUCGCGCCAGAAGAAGGCCCGCUCGUUCACAUUCAGGUCACAACGCACUGGGAGACGUCCAAGUUGGAUUGCCUUGUGGAGGAAAGCGUCGCAAAGCUGAUUGAUGAGAUUGAUGCUCUUGCAGAGCAGAGAGGCCUUGCGGCAAACUACAUCUAUAUGAACUACGCGGGCAAGCAUCAGGAUGUCUACGGAGGCUAUGGAUCCGAGAACCACGACCGUUUGAGAAAGAUUUCCGAUAUCUACGACCCGGAGAGGUUGUUUAAAGGGCUAUGGAGGGGGUAUUUCAAGGCAUGAAGACUUCUCGGUUGUUGAAUCUCCCAGACGUUGUGUCUACUCGGCGAAUCAAAAACUUGUACAUAAAUCUACUCAUGUACGUUACAUCUCAGUACGAUCAACGUUUCACUGGUAUUAUCAAUGGUUACUGC